AUCGGCCGCCAUGUUGUAUCGUCUCUGAGCUCGAAUCCGACCCGUUCGGCCGCCAUGUUGUACAACCACCUGUUGCUCUCCGUCUACAUCCUCACCUUCCUGAUGGGGGUUCCCGCCAACAUCCUGUCCUUCAUCACCCUCUGCCGGAAGAUGUGUCGCAAGGCGGCGCCCAUCGACGUCCUCCUCCUCAACCUCACCAUCUCCGACCUGAUCUUUCUGGCCUUCCUGCCCUUCAAAAUGAAGGAGGCCUACGACGGCUUGAAGUGGCUGCUGCCCUACUCGCUGUGCCCGCUCACCGGCUUCAUCUUCUACGUCACCAUCUACAACAGCACGCUGCUGCUCACCGCCGUCAGCGUGGAGCGCUACCUGGGCGUGGCCUUCCCGCUCAGGUACGCCGUGUGCCGCCGGCCGCGCUACGCCGUCUGGGCCUGCUUCACCUUCUGGCUGGUGACGUCAUGCAACCUCAGCAUCGUCUACGUCAUGCCGUACUCCCAGUGGAACUACGGCGGCAACGCCAGCCCUCCCACCACCUGCUACCUGGACUUCUCAGAGGCCGACCUCAGCAUCCUGCUGCGCGUGCGCCUGGAGCUCUUCCUCGUGCUCUUCUGCGUCCCCUUCAUCAUCAGCUGCUUCUGCUACGUCAACUUCAUCCUCAUCCUCUCCCGCCUGCCCAACAUCAGCCGGCGGCGGCGGCUGCGGUGCAUCGGCCUGGCCUUCGGGACGCUGGUGGUGUUCACCAUCUGCUUCGGGCCGUACAACGCCUCCCACGUGGUGGGAUUCGUCCACGGCGACAGCCAGGAGUGGCGGAACCUGGCGCUGAUAUCCAGCACCCUCAACGCCUGUCUGGACCCGUUUAUCUUCUACCUGUCGUCAGCGGCGGUCCGCGGCGCUAUAAACCGCUGCUUCCGGAGGGUCACGGCCAAGAUGCACAUCCUGGGGUGUGGAGGGCCUCCGCAACGCAAACCGCAGAGUGGGGAACGGUUCCGGGAAGAAGUUCCGCCCUGAAGAACCCGACAUCAGGCGGAAGAUGUUCUGCCAGCUGUUAUUAGACCGUGAGAUGAUUCUGUUCUGUGGAACUGAUCGGAAAACUCUGGUGGUUUAACGUUUUAAUUUAGCAUUUCGAUUAAUUAAUUACAUCGAUUUAUGUAACACAAUUAAUCGCUCUUUUAUAAUUACAAAAGUUCCGGGCUGGAACCUUUGUAUUCACGCGUUUCUGGGGCGCCCAUAAAUGUGACGUACAGCCGCUAAAAAUAGCAACGGAAGCUGUUUCUCUCAGCCGACUGGGGUUUAACUUCCGUUUCUAAGACGAUUUGAUUGGACGCUGGGAAAGAAAAUUGUUGUGUUCAAGUUAUGCUAAAAGUAGUUAGCCUGUCAGCAAAGCCUAAAAUAGCAUCUGAAUGCUAAACAUGUUGCUAAUGCCAAUGUCAGAGGCCAUUGAAGGUCCAUGAAUGAUCAGGACUUCCUGAAACUCUGGGAAGUUGAGUGGAUAGAGCAGAUUAAAAACUAUAAAUAUC